AUAAGCUUACAAAGAACAUAAACAGCACUAAGUGAAAAUGUAUCCAAAAAAACUUAACUAUGUAAUUACUAUUUUGGUUAUAUAUUUUUUGAAUGUAAGUGCUCAUUCUCAAUUGGAAGUUGGGUUUUAUAGCUAUUCAUGUGGUAUGGCUGAGCUCAUUGUAAAAGAUGAGGUCAGAAAAAGUUUCAAUAAGAAUCCUGGAAUUGCUGCUGGGCUUGUAAGAAUGCAUUUUCAUGAUUGCUUUAUCAGAGGGUGUGAUGCAUCAGUACUUCUAGAUUCUACUCCCUCAAACACUGCAGAAAAAGACUCUCCAGCCAAUAAACCAAGUCUCAGAGGGUUUGAAGUUAUUGAUAAUGCCAAGGCUAAACUUGAAGCAGUAUGCAACGGAACUGUUUCAUGUGCUGACAUAAUUGCAUUUGCAGCAAGGGAUAGUGUGGAGUUAGCUGGAGGGAUUGGCUAUGAUGUUCCUGCAGGAAGAAGGGAUGGGAAAAUAUCACUAGCAUCAGAUACAAGAACAGAUUUACCUCCUCCAACUUUCAAUGUUAACCAACUAACUCAACUCUUUGCAAAGAAGGGGUUAACACAAGAAGAAAUGGUCACUCUCUCUGGAGCACAUACCAUUGGACGUGCUCAUUGCUCCGCUUUCAGCAACAGAUUAUACAACUUCAGCAGCACUUUAAAACAGGAUCCAAAUUUAGAUUCAUCAUAUGUACCACUUUUGAAGAGGCAGUGUCCACAAGGCAACACAAACCCAAACUUGGCGGUACCAAUGGACCCUUCUAGCCCUGGAACUGCAGAUGUAGGGUACUAUAUUAAUAUCUUAGAGGAUAGAGGCUUGUUCACAUCUGAUCAGACUCUCUUAACUAACACUGGAACAGCUAGGCAAGUUAAUAAAAAUGCUAGGAAUCCCUAUCUAUGGGCAGACAAAUUUGCAGAUGCAAUGGUGAAGAUGGGGCAAAUUGGUGUCUUGACAGGUAAUGCUGGAGAGAUCAGAACAAAUUGCAGGAUGGUCAAUAGCUAGAUAUGGUGUUGGAAGGAUUGAAGUUCCUGCAGCAGUAAAGAUUUACAAAUUGUAUGGUGUGUUGCAUCUGGUUUUGCCUGCUUAAUUACAUAGCAAAUAACUUUGCUUUGGUUUAUUUUCUGUGUAACUGUAAUUGUAUCUGUCGGUUGAUUGUGACCCUUUUCUUUUUCUUGGAAUAAGACAACUUGUCGUAUGCAACUUAA